AUGAAUUUGUGUGUCAAUUGUGAGGAAGGCACAACUUUUAUUUAUUCUAAAGAAGCAUCGGAUGAGGCACACACCGGGACGUAUAUUUUUGAAUAUGUGGACAAGUGCAUUGAAGAUGUUGGGCCACAAAAUGUGGUUCAAGUGGUGACGGACAAUGCUUCAAAUAAUAUGGCGGCGGGAGAUUUGAUGAAGUUGAAGAGGCCAAACAUAUUUUGGACUUCAUGUGCAACUCACACCUUGAAUCUUAUGCUUCAAGGAAUUGGCAACCAACCUAGAUUCAAAGGGGUGAUUGAGAAGGCAAAGAACUUCACCAUCUAUAUUUAUGCACAUCACAAGACUUUGGCAUUGAUGAGGAAGUUUACAAAGAAAAGAGAUAUAGUGAGGCCGAGAGUCACUAGAUUUGCAACAGCUUUCCUCACUUUACAAAGCUUGAUGAAUAAGAAGAAUGAGUUGAGAGCUAUGAUUACUAGUGAUGAAUGGAAUGAAAGCAAGCAUGCAAAGAGUGUAAAGGGGAAGGUGGCGGUGAAUAUUGCUUUGAGUGCUUCUUUUUGGAAUGGGGUAAGUCUUUGCUUGAAGGUGUUUGCCCCUUUAGUCAAGGUGCUUCACCUUGUUGAUGGGGAUAGAAAGCCAUCAAUGGGCUUUGUGUAUGGAGAACUACUUAGAGCCAAGGAGGAGAUUAAAAUGGCAUUCAAAGAUCAAGAAACUCACUAUCGUCCAAUCCUUGACAUUGUUGAUGGAAAAGCCCGUGGUCGACUUGAUAGUCCAUUGCAUUUAGCGGGUUACCUCUUGAACCCUUACUACACAUAUGCCAAUUCAAGCAUUGAGAAUGAUAAUGUGGUCAUGGAUGGGUUCUUCACUUGUGUUGAGGUAUUCUUUCCCGAUGACAUUCAAACUCAAAGUUUGGUGACAAAUGUAGAAUUGCACAAGUAUUUGAAGAAAGAUGGUGGAUUUGGAAGAGUUUUGGCUAAGGCGGGAUGCGCACAAAAUGAUGACAAUUAUAAUCCGGGAUGGAUUGUGGAUGGUGGUGAUGAAGAUGUAGAUUCCAAUCUUACUAGUGAAGUAGUUGGAGAGGGAUCGGGAUUGGGAGUGGAUAGUAGCUUAGAGCCUAGGAGAAGUAGUAGAAUUCAAGAAAUUAGAGAACUUCAUGAGGAGGAUUUUGUAUCGGAUGAAGAGGAAGAAGAUGAGAUGACUUUUGAGUUUGAGUCCGAUGAGGAGGGAGUACUAGAGGGAUAUGGAGAAGAAGAAUUUGAGGAUUAG